UGACUUCCCGGCUUCUAUUGUUUCUUUGGCCAUUGAAGAUUUAAUGCAGUAGCCCCUUUUCGAGGGUCCUUUCAAAAAAAAAAAAGAAAUCCGUUACAAGGAGAGGGAAACUAAUAAUCCCUUCUAAGAGAGAUAGAGGCUUAUCCUCAAACUCUUGAGGUGAUAUCAACACCACUAAGCGAUCUCACGACCCACUUGGUUCAUCAUGAGAAAUUUUAAUAAUAAGAACAGCUAAUAAUAGUGUAACUGUAUAGUAAAAGCUUGUCAUUGAGCCAUGGCAAGUGAAUGUAUACUUGCUCCCUGUUACAAAAGGUUAUCUCGAGCUGUCUCCAUUGCAUGCUUACUUGGUUUCCUCGUACCUUUAAGCAUUUUAUCAAACACUUUGUCGGCAUUACCUCUUGAUUCCCAGAAAAAUAUUCAAUUGCCUCAAAUUUAUACCAUUGAAGUUGUCAAUGUCUAUCCUCAUGAUCCCAGAGCUUUUACUGAGGGACUUCUUUAUGGGGGAAACAACACACUUUAUGAAUCAACUGGUCUUUAUGGAAUGUCUACAGUGAGGAGAGUAACACUGCAAACAGGAAAGGUUGAGGCACUUCAGACAAUGGAUUUAUCUUAUUUUGGGGAAGGAUUGACACUAGUUGAUGAAAGGUUGUAUCAACUGACUUAUGAGCAUAAUACUGGUUUCAUUUAUGACCGGAGCAAUUUAAGCAAAAUAGGGCAAUUCACUCACCAAAUGGCUGAUGGAUGGGGACUGGCAAGUGAUGGCAAAGUUUUGUUUGGAAGUGAUGGCUCAUCGACACUCUAUCAGAUUGAUCCCAAAACAAUGAAAGAGAUACAGAGGCAAACUGUUAGAUACAUGGAUCUUGAUGUGCCUUAUCUGAAUGAAUUGGAGUAUGUGAACGGGGAGGUGUGGGCAAAUGUUGUCACGACUGACUGCAUUGUCAGAAUAUCACCUGAAGAUGGUACAGUACUUGGCUGGAUUCUCCUUCCCAUUUUGAGAGAAAGAAUGAUGGCAGAUGGUGAAAUAGAUAUUUUUGACAUCUUGAAUGGCAUCGCAUGGGACAAAGACGAACAACGCAUAUUUGUAACUGGAAAGUGUUGGCCAAAGGUAUUUGAGAUCAAGGUGAAUCAAUCGAAGGAUCAUUCCGAUGCUGAUAUUCGACAAUCGACGGUUGUGUAUCCUUGUGCCAGCCAGUGUAGAAGCCAUGAAGUAGCAACAAUGGCUAGGAAGACUAGAACUGUUUUUUACAUUAGGUUCAGUCAGAUUCAGUUGUUUGGCAACAUAAAGGACAACUUUUAUGCAAUGUUUCUAAAGAAGGCAUCAUAUGGUACUUUGUCCCAUUUUUAUUUUGAGGAAAGGUUUGCUAUGUAAACUUCAGUGGUUAUGGUAAA